AUGUCCAAAGCUCUGAUAGUGGUGGAUGUGCAGAACGACUUUGCGGACGCCCGCGGCGCGCUCGCUGUCCCAGGCGCGCACGAGAUCGUGCAGCCGCUCGCGGAGCUCGCGCAGGACCCGCGCUGGGCGUAUGUGGCCAUGACGCGCGACUGGCACCCCCCCGACCACGUCUCGUUCGCCGACACGCACGGCCGGCCGCCCUUCAGCCCCUACAUGUACCACCCGCCGCCAGGCGUGCGCGCGCCGCCACAGGCAGGCACCCUGUGGCCCACGCACUGCGUCCAGGGCUCCUGGGGCGCCCAGCUCGCCCCGCAGCUGGCCGCCUGCCCCGUCCGCUCGCCGCACAGCGUUGUCGACAAGGGCGUCUGGCCUGACCGCGAGUGCUACUCCGCGUUUGAGGACAUCUGGGCCGACCGCAGCAGCGGGCUAGACGGGCUGUUGCGCAGCCACGGCGUCAAACACGUUUACGUCGCGGGCCUUGCCCUGGAUUACUGUGUCAAAAGCACCGCCAUCAGCGCCGCGCGCCUGGGCUACACCACGACGAUCCUGCUGGAUUAUACGCGGGCGAUCGCUGCCGAUGCGCAGAGCAUGGCGCGGCUCUCUAGCGAUCUCGCUGGUCACCAGGUGGCCCUCUGCGAGGGCGCUGAGCCCCUGCCGUAG